GAAGGAACCCGUGACCAUGUCGGACGAUGAAGAUUAUGAUUCAGAGGAUAUUUUGAAGCAGUGUCUAGCAGCAGCAUCGAGCAGCUCCUCGACAAACAUUCGCGGUGAUGCUCCUCAGUCGGAGAAGCGGAAAAGAGAACUAUGGAAACGUCAACAGCUGGCGAAAGAAGAGCAAGAUAAAGCAAAGAAAGCUAAGAAAGAGAAAGCCAGGGAAGCUGUGACAACUCUAGAGAAAGGUUUAUCGACAGCUAUUGAACCGACUAACAAAGGAUUUCAGCUACUCGCGAAGAUGGGCUAUGAACCCGGCAAGGCCCUCGGAAUACAGCCGAAUGCUCGCACUGAACCAAUCAAGCCUAUCGUAAAAGCUAACAGGUUCGGACUAGGGAAGCCGGAAGAGGAAAACAAGAAACACGAGAAAUUGAUCAGCGAAAUGCAAGAGCGAGCAUCAAAGCGAGAAGAAAUGCUGGUAGAUUUUCGAUCUCAAAAAAGUCAGCUUCUAGCCGAAAAAAUAAUUUCUAGAGACUUGAGCAAUGCACAGAAGGCUUGCCGAACACAGGAUGUGGAGGCAGGCAUGGUAGAGCCUCGAAUCCCGUGGUUUUGGCCACUGAAACCGCCUGAUGAAACUGACGUACAAGACGAAGAAGAAUCGGAGGAAGAGACAUUGUCAGAUGGCGAAAAGUUGAUGGAAAUCACUGAAUAUUUGAGAACUUUAUAUAAUUAUUGUGUGUGGUGUGGAAUCCGAUUCGAAGGUCCAAGUGAACUUGAUGGCGAAUGUCCAGGAAAUUCUCGAGAAGCGCAUGAUUGAUCAUAUAAACAGGCCAAGACAUGACAUUUCCACAUCCAUCCUCAAUGGAAUCAAUGACAAAUUAUAAAACACCAUUCGAUCAAAACAACUGAAUAGUCUCACCGGAUUAACGCGUAGUAAUCACGCUUUCUUCUUUCCUCUUCCUGCACCACGAGAUUUUCCAGCGGGAGGUUUUUUCUUAGUCACGUUGCGCUUACGUUUUUCUUGAGGAGGAUCAUCGCCAUCAGAAUCCGAGCUGUCAUCUUUACGAGAAGACUUCAUCAUGGCUUUAAAUUCGGAUUCUCGAGGGAAUCUGACACUUUUCGGGUACUUGACCCCGACAACGCGAACUUGAUAACCUGAAAACCAUAAACCGUAAUAUAAGAGGGUGGCGGGGCGAUGAAAUAAAAUUUAUACCUUGAGCUAUCA